AUGGCGACGGCAAGAGAAGACGCGAAAACUCAGGAACUAAACCUCAUCUUUAAGUCUUUAGGAGAGAGAGGGAAUGAAGGUGAUAUAUGGAAGGAAUUUACCGAAAAUACUCUGUGUUACUUGUUACAAAAGAUGCCUGAAUUUAUCAGCAAAGCGUUUCCAAACAAAAGUAUCGGUGUCAUGUUUCGACUUUACGGAAGUGCCGUCGAAGACUUGAAAAGCCUAGCAACGGAUGAUAUUGGAGAUCUGGAUAUCGUGAUCAUUCCCAAAUCAGAAGAUUUGUUCAUUCACGACGAAAUGAUCGAAUAUUUGCCGCAGCACCCUCUGCACGUUAGAAUCAAAGGCAGGAAUCACCCUCUCUUACAGUCCUGUCUUGUGGAAGACACGCCUUACGUCGCCACUUCAGCCAUCAAGAAUUUCCAUCCUGCGAUUUACGGCACAUCAGCGUCUCAUAUGAUAAAUCAUUUAACUCGCGGCAUUCAGAUAGGAUCUCGAGAAAAUUGGGGCCAAGUCGUUGGGGAAUGGAAAAAGAAAGAGGACGGACCGGCUCUUCAGGUGAAGGGUUCCCAGUCAUUUGGUCCUAUUUCUGGGGAGAUGAAAAGGAUGAAUAAUCCUCAGAACUUGAUUAAUUGCGACCCAGCUGAGUGGGACUGGUUCGCUCAAUUUUUAACCAACGCCAGUGGAUUUGAAUAUAGUAGAGAACACGCAGAAAUUUUGGGCGAAUUCAUGACAUUUGCCAAUGAUAUACAGAUGUCCUGGCAUGAGAGAGGUCUCCUAAACCAACCUCAGGCGCUCCCCGGUUUUGUGCAAGAGCUGAUUUCCAGCGAGCGCGUUAAGCAGCUCAGGGAACGAGUUGUCACUAUUCAGCAAAGUAGUCAUAAUCAAAACGAAAGCGAACUGAGUGGAGAACACUUGGCGGAAGCGGAACAGCACAGUAAUGAUCAAAGUGUCACGCCAGGAAGCUGUCACGGAAACGAAACAGGAAGUAAGAAGGAUAAGGUCUUGCAAGAGGCUUCUCUCUCUACCAGUGAGUCAUUCCUCACUCCAAAAAAUUCUCGUGACAGUCAUAACACGGCCGAAAACUUAGGUACGACUUUAAGUCAAUCAACGAUGAGAGAGUUGUCAGAAAGCCCUUACCAGUCAGCACAACACACCAUGCCAAAGAAAGUAAGUGAAACAGGUGUAAACGAGAAAAAAGAACAGGGACAGAAUGAAGACGGCACCGACGAGAGUGAAAGUGAGUCUAUUAACACAGCGAAACCACCCUUUGCAGAAAAAGGGGAGCCUAGCUAUUCAGAUUUCAAGAGUGUUUCAGGUGAAAAAAACAUCCUUUUGGAACACAUAUUUCGACCUUUCAGUCAAGAAAGCAAGGCUCCUUGGAAAAAAACAGAUGCAAAAGACGGCAAGAAAGCAACCAUUGCGGGUGGAGCUGAUUUAGUUCCUGCCCUUAGAUGUCCUGGGUGGCCGCGAGUUGCAAAAGAUUGGAUCAAACGAAAACGAAAAUGGCCUUCACCUGACGUGAUUGACAAAGUUGUCCAGGAGGGCUUCCAUUUAGUAGUAAAGCCUCCGAAGGAUGGCGGAAAUCCAAAAUGUGACUUCAGAAUUGCCUUUAACCAUGCAGAAUACCUGUUAAGCCAAGCGAUGAAUGACAUUCAGCGCGACUGUUACCGAUGCUUGAAGAAAUUUCAUCGUGCUUUCCUCAAGGAUCCAAAGGGUUUGGUGACAUUUCACUUGAAGAACCUACUUCUGCAAACAAUCGAGGAAACCGGUGCCGAACUGUGGAUCGAAAGUAACAGAGUCGAGUGCGUGAUGAAGCUCUUCGGAAACCUUUUGCAGGCUCUCACAAAGAAAGAGUUGCCACAUUUUUUUGUGAGAUCUUACAACCUGUUUAGUGAAGAUUACAUUGAUGAUCCCGAGAUUCUUGAUGUAUUGGCUAGAAAAGUUGAGAAGAUCAUGGAAAAUCCCAUGCAAUCAGCUAAACAGUUGAUUCAGAAAGAGGCAUCUGCAGUUCAAGCACCGAUGGAAGAGAAAGGCAUUUUAAGCAACGGACUGGCAGUCAAAACUGCUUCCAAAGCCGACGGAUUUGAUGGCCACAUGGUGCUACCAAGUACUCUAAAAAGGGACGACACUCGUCCAGUUAGCAGCUCGUCAAGGCGGAGCUAUCGCUUUCAUGAUCUGAAAGAUGCCUAUCUUGCCAGCAGCCAAGAGUUAACUGCCAUGGCUUUUAACGCUGAUGAUCUCACAAUUGAAUCCCUCGACCCUCUCACAAGGUCCUUGGUAGGUGAUCUCAAAGAAAUGAUCAAAACCCACAACUUAAACGCUGCAGAAUUCCGUAGAAUGUUUGAAGCAAUCUGGGGCGCAAUCUACUGGAAAGUUUGGUUGAAUCCUGAACCAAACAUGAGGCUCCGAAUGCUUGAUGCAAUCCAAGGUGUGGUUGAAACGUGGAAGUACAUAAUGAAACAAGACGACUUUGCACCGGAGAACGUGGAAGCCCUAGCUGAAAGAUUGCUUAAUCCAGACCCUGAAGCCGAUCCUUUCGACUUGACCAACCUAUGGCCAGCUGGUAUAGGGACCCAGCUUCUCACCCGAUUUUUCAACAGUUUGACUCCAAGUUCAGCUGAUGAAACCAAAGAGGUUAAUCUCGAUAAGGACAUUCCCCUGGACUGAAGUAAUGUUUAUAUGUGGACAUGGAGCCGGAUCGACCGCACCUUGCUCGUGUCUUGUACAGUGCUGACAUUCAUUUCGGUUUCGACUGUUUUAAAUCAGUAGUAACCAUGGGUUUUGCGUCCAAUAUAAAAAAGGUGAAUCAUUAAGCUAGUUUAAGCCUAUGUUCACACUCGGAAAGCUUUUGCGCCGGUACUAUAACCAUACCCGGGAUAGGGCAAGUUCUGUUCACACAUCAGAACAGUGAUUUCGGCGAUUUAGUCUGAAAAGGAGCAAAGCUGCGCAGCGCCAAUCUCUGAGUGGAGAGUCGAAUUUCGGAUACGCGGUAUAGCGGAUAGCUUUUUGUAUCGGUAUAGUGCUAACAUAGUAACCUGAAAUCAAACUUAACAUAUGCAGGCCAGUCAGGCAACCGCAAUGCCCGUUUUCACACUAGAAACGGAUAAUCCAUCUUCAAAACUGUUUUGACGGUUAGCAAGAUAUACAAAGUCAGGCGGAUUGUUCAUCCAAAAUUAAAACCAUUCCAUUUUCAAAUUAAGACGUAUUAUGUUUCUGACGCGAAUUAUCCAGGAAUAAUCCGUCUCUAUUGUGAAAACAGCCAGUGUAUAAUACGACUAAUAGUACAUAGACAACAUUAUUUGCAGCAACAUCCACGUUUAAGUUUUAGAGUCAAUCCUCCUUAAUACGGAUACCAAAAAGGACAGGAGAGGCAAGUGUUCGAAUCAAAAAGACGUCCGUAUGGGGCUUUGGCAGAAUACGUUGACAUGGUACAAAAAGAACGACGUAUAGGGGCAACAAAACAAAGAGAACAAAAAGCUAAUAUCCUUUCUUUCCAAGUUCCCACAUGCGUCGUUUGCCAUCCAGCAAUUGAAAAAGGGCCCAUUACCGUAGGUAAGAAUGUUAUGAAAAGAAGUACUCCUUGAGGAGUAGUAGCUCUAAGCCUUGUACUGAGAUUGUUUGAUGAAAAUCAGAGAUUGUUUCCCUGGAUAUUUAAGUUCGUUUUUCUGAAAAUUGGGCUAUAUGUUUUUUAACCGGUGGUUUGUUUUAACCUUGGCGCCAGACUCAGAGCGCUGUUUUGUGUCACGUGUACGUGUGAAUGACCGCGACGGUUCCGCGACAACGAGUGCGGAGGAUUCGUGUUAAGGCAUGAGCCCAUGUUCCUAUCGUCAACAUCAAGAUACUUAGAUUUUUUUGGCGAGAAGGUACUUGAUCUUAUUAUUCUUUCACAUACGAUAUGGUACCAGUUUUAAAGACGCUUGGUCUUUCUCCCACAUCGACAAGAACAAGAAGCAACAUUUUUAAGGACCAUUUUGACCAAACAACACCUUAGUGCCGAAACAUUGCUUUUAACUGCUAUAGUCAAGCCAGGUCAAGCGUAGCUAUCCCCCACCCCCCGAAGAUUCCAUUAAAGAAUAGAUUAUUUGAAAAACGAAUCCGUUAGUAGUUGGCGCAACUUAUGUCAAAUUCAAAUAUGCAUUCCUGCAUGCGUCAUGAGCAGUGAAUUUUUUAAAGACAACCGCUCUGUAUUCGGUCAAAUGGAUAAAAAUGCUUUGAGGACAUUUACAUCAAAUUCAAGAAAACUGAGCUGGUAGAAAUGUCAUAACUACCUGGUGUAUGAAUAGACCUUUUCCGCAUUCCUGUAAACAAAGGCACCAACUCGAGGCUCAGGUGGACAAAAUACAGUGGUUUGUAUGAAAUUGUCCACCUGAGCCUCGUCCUCAUUUCUUUAUGUUUGCUCACUGGGGCGUAAUGUGGGAAAGGUCUAUUCACUGCUCAUUACAGGAACAUACAGGAACGAGAGAUGAAACUGAUUCAACAUUCGAAUAAUACAUUCAUAAAUGGAAUCAUACGCUUGUCCUGGCUUGACUGUAAUGGCUAGUAUUUUGAUCAAAAUCAAGCUUCGACUUGCGAAUUAGCGGCCUAAAAUUAAAGAGCAACGACUAUUUAUCUAUAUUUAGUACCUCUUCUUCCGCGUUAAGGAGCAAAAAUUAACAAACAUCCACCAGGUGGCCACCUCUUCACGAGAAACUUCACAGUAUUGACAGCUGCCAGUUUAAUGGACCACACGUUGCACAAAACGAACAACCUAGCCUAAUUUUCAAAACGGAAACGCCGAUCAGUUUCAGAAACAGACCCUUAUUUUCAAAAACAAACUCCGAUUUCCGUAAAAGAACUAACUUCGAUCUUCAAAAACAACUCCGAUUUUCGAAAAAGAAAAACAACACUCAAACUCCGAUUUCCGGAAAAACAAACUCCGUUUCCUGUAAACACUGAUGUUCUGAAGCUUCCAUGUAUUUAUUGGUAGGAAUUUGAAUGAGUAGGAAAACAGUCUACAGAAAAUGUAAUGCGUAAUUAAAUAACGAACUUAAUGUUUAAACACGUCAUUAAAAUACGACAAUACAUAUUAUUUUUAAAUAUUUAAUAUUGGUGUGACGAGAGGUCCCUGAUUAGGCGUGGCGAGGAUUCAACGACGUUUAUCUUCAGAUUCGGUACAAUCGGCCAUUUUCACGCGAAACUGAUUUCUUCGUUUAUAUUCCGAUUCAGAUAAGACUUUAAUAUCCUCUGGUCAAGCUUUUUGGAAACAAUGUUUGGAGCUAUGUAUCUUCUUUUGCUGCAGGAUGUUUAAAAUCUUAUUUUUCAAACGUUGUUUAAAUGGGUGUGUUGAUAAGUGUUAUUGAAGACGUCCCCCACCUUGCUGGACGUUUGCGUGUUUGGCGAACGUGGUUUAUUCAUGGGCGUCACAGCAACUAAAGCUUAAAUGACAUGGUUCUCUUUAAAUCCAUUUAAAUCGGCAAUUUUCUCACCAAACGGAUGUCCGUGUUUAUUUUGACUAAAAGAAAAUAUCAACAUUUUGGAGACAAGGCCAAUGUUUUUGGGUUGUGAUUCGAUGGCGUGUUUUUCUUCUUUUCGGAGUUAUAAGGGCGUGGUCCGCAGUACUACCGGCGUGUAUUACCUGCCCACGCAACAAUAAAAGCAAUAUUUCAUUGCGAAAGUAUAUGUUUUUUCGAGGGCGUCGCUUAGAAUGUUGCGUUAAACGCAUGUAUAGUAUAAAUAUGGGCCAGCAACAACGCCUUUUUUCCUUAUCAACCAGAUUUCUGAAUUUACCUUGGCCCAGGUAAAACUCUUAUGCUUACUCCGUUCAAUCUAGAAAAGGAUGCACUCUUGACAAAACUAUUUACAGCCAUGUAGACUUGUUUUGUUGUUUGAUUUGCGUUAGUAUUUUCUUCGGAUCUGAGUAGGCGUGGCAGAAAAACUUUCCCGCCCACGCUAAUGGUAACCAGGUAGCUGGGUUAACCUAUUUUCGAGUGUAGAAAAAUCCAACACUUACUGGGUUUCUUAAUAGUAUAAAAAAGAGAAAGACCAACGAAAUAAAACAACAGACUUGAAAACCAGUAUCCCUCAGAACCAAAUAACAAUCCGUGGUUAUAAGGACAUCGUAAAGGAAGAGUUAGACCUAAAAUUGUCAUAACGGCAGUUCACGUUUCAUCAAACAAGGCGCUAAUGAUGGAGAAUUUUAGUACGCAAGACUAUGUAUUGCCAAGAAACAAAACCGGGAGACAAGAACGCAGAGGAAAGAACUCAAUCUUUAAUAAACUCUGGAUAAAUCUAAUUACCUCCAACGACUUUGGUUCAAAUUCAUUGCUCGCUUGCUGUUAUCUAGUUGAUUAAUUUUGUUUAGUCUUUGCACCCACCCAAAAUUGCUUUCAAAAUGACUUCGCUAAGUCCAAAGUUUGCGCCAUUUGCCAGCCAAAACUCGUGACGUUGACAAGGAAAUGUUUCCCCUGUCUAGUUUAUUUUACACUUAAUGAUUUUGUCAACUGUAACGAAGUAUCUGCUCAUCACAAGUAACAAAAUAAUAAACUGAUUUCUACAAGGAACAACAUCCUGCAUUAAGUAUUCUGGUAAUAACCGUAGCACGAUCUUGAAAAAUGCAAGCCCGCAGGACGCUUGAUCCCUCCUAUAGCCUGUAUGGGUGGGAUUUGAUAGAUUGUGCUAGCGUAAGUCAUUAAAAGCAUAAUUUUCAUCGAUUUUUUGAAAAAAAAAACUCCGCUUGCAGAAUUUGCCCUUUAUUUUGACUAGUUUUGCAGCACAAAAUUGUCAUUUAUUGAUCAUGCAUCGCAGUUACCUUUUUUGGGCUCGUCAUUUGUCUGUUGGAAAGGUAUUUAGCUGUUUUUACCAAAUUUGAAGACGUUAGUAAAAGUAGAAGCAUGAUUUCUGCAUUUUUGCUAAAAUGAGCAUAAUUUACAAAAACUGGCAUAAUUAUUGGCAUAAUUUAGACAUAUACGAACACUGCUAAAAGCAUAUUAUGCUAUUUUUGGGAACACAAUCUAUAUCAAAGCCUAUGGAUGACUGGGGAAGAUCUGAAUCACUCACUAUUGUAAGGAAACCGAAAACUUUCAUUUCCAUCACAGCACCCGAGGAUACCUAUUUGUUCUAGAAUGAAAAAACUGUUGAGGGGUGAUAAAAAGAUAAAACUGUAGAAACAACUAGCCUUUCUUCCCAGGACAAUUUUGGGCAAUUUAUACAAGACUAAAUACUGUUUUCUUCCAUGAAAGGGCAAAUUAAAGUGACGGCUACAUUUCUGCAGUCACUGGGACCUUAAAAGGCUUGUCAGACGUCAAAAUUAGUUUAUUCAUGAUAUCUAGUUCAGGAUUUACGUAACAUUCCAAAAAUAGAAUCGAAACAAUAACUUUUAUUGCUCCAAAAGUCAGCAGUCGGCCAGUAACCAAUGAACCAGAAGAGAUGGCGACGGCAAGAGAAGACGCGAAAACUCAGGAACUAAACCUCAUCUUUAAGUCUUUAGGAGAGAGAGGGAAUGAAGGUGAUAUAUGGAAGGAAUUUACCGAACAUACUCUGUGUUACUGGUUACAAAAGAUUCCUGAAUUUAUCAGCAAAGCGAUUCCAAACGAAAGUAUCGGUGUCAUGUUUCGACUUUACGGAAGUGCCAUCGAAGACUUGAAAAGCCUAGCAACGGAUGAUAUUGGAGAUCUGGAUAUCGUGAUCAUUCCCAAAUCAGAAGAUUUGUUCAUUCACGACGAAAUGAUCGAAUAUUUACCGCAGCACCCUCUGCACGUUAGAAUCAAAGGCAGGGAUCACCCUCUCUUACAGUCCUGUCUUGUGGAAGACACUCCCUACGUCGCCACUUCAGCCAUCAAAAAUUUCCAUGCUGCGAUUUACGGUACAUCAGCGCCUCAUAUGAUAAAUCAUUUAACUCGCGGCAUUCAGAUAGCAUCUCGAGAAAAUUGGGGCCAAGUCGUUGGGGAAUUGAAAAACAAAGAGGACGGACCGGCUCUUCAGCUGAAGGGUUCCCAGUCAUUUGGUCCUAUUUCUGGGGAGAUGAAAAGGGUGAAUAAUCCUCAGAACUUGGUUAACUGCGACCCAGCUGAGUGGGACUGGUUCGCUCAAUUUUUAACCAACGCCAAUGGAUUUGAAUACAGUAGAGAACACGCUGAAAUUUUGGGCGAAUUCAUGACAUUUGCCAAUGAUAUACAGAUGUCCUGGCAUGAGAGAGGUCUCCUAGGCCAACCUCAGGCGCUCCCCGGUUUUGUGCAAGAGCUGAUUUCCAGCGAGCGCGUUAAGCAGCUCAGGGAACGAGUUGUCACUAUUCAGCAAAGUAGUCAUAAUCAAAACGAAAGCGAACUUAGUGGAGAACACUUGGCGGAAGCGGAACAGCACAGUAAUGAUCAAAGUGUCACGCCAGGAAGCUGUCAGGGAAACGAAACAGGAAGUAAGAAGGAUAAGGUCUUGCAAGAGGCUUUUCUCUCUACCAGUGAGUCAUUCCUCACUCCAAAAAAUUCUCGUGACAGUCAUAACACGGCCGAAAACUUAGGUACGACUUUAAGUCAAUCAACUAUGGGAGAGUUGUCAGAAAGCCCUUACCAGUCAGCACAACACACCAUGCCAAAGAAAGUAAGUGAAACAGGUGUAAACGAGAAAAAAGAACAGGGACGGAAUGAAGACGGCGCCGACGAGAGUGGAAGUGAGUCUAUUAACAUAGAGAAACCGCCCUUUGCAGAAAAAGGGGAGCCUAGCUAUUCAGAUUUCAAGAGUGUUUCAGGUGAAAAAAACAUCCUUUUGGAACACAUACUUGGACCUUUCAGUCAAGAAAGCAAGGCUCCUUGGAAAGAAACAGAUGCAAAAGACGGUAAGAAAGCGACCAUUGCGGGUGGAGUUGAUUUAGUUCCUGCCCUUAGAUGUCCUGGGUGGCCGCGAGUUGCAGAAGAUUGGAUCAAACGAAAACGAAAAUGGCCUUCACCUGACGUGAUUGACAAAGUUUUCCAGGAGGGCUUCCAUUUAGUAGUAAAGCCUCCGAAGGAUGGCGGAAAUCCAAAAUGUGACUUCAGAAUUGCCUUUAACCAUGCAGAAUACCUGUUAAGCCAAGCGAUGAAUGACAUUCAGCGCGACUGUUACCGAUGCUUGAAGAAAUUUCAUCGUGCUUUCCUCAAGGAUCCAAAGGGUUUGGUGACAUUUCACUUGAAGAACCUACUUCUGCAAACAAUCGAGGAAACCGGUGCCGAACUGUGGAUCGAAAGUAACAGAGUCGAGUGCGUGAUGAAGCUCUUCGGAAACCUUUUGCAGGCUCUCACAAAGAAAGAGUUGCCACAUUUUUUUGUGAGAUCUUACAACCUGUUUAGUGAAGAUUACAUUGAUGAUCCCGAGAUUCUUGAUGUAUUGGCUAGAAAAGUUGAGAAGAUCAUGGAAAAUCCCAUGCAAUCAGCUAAACAGUUGAUUCAGAAAGAGGCAUCUGCAGUUCAAGCACCGAUGGAAGAGAAAGGCAUUUUAAGCAACGGACUGGCAGUCAAAACUGCUUCCAAAGCCGACGGAUUUGAUGGCCACAUGGUGCUACCAAGUACUCUAAAAAGGGACGACACUCGUCCAGUUAGCAGCUCGUCAAGGCGGAGCUAUCGCUUUCAUGAUCUGAAAGAUGCCUAUCUUGCCAGCAGCCAAGAGUUAACUGCCAUGGCUUUUAACGCUGAUGAUCUCACAAUUGAAUCCCUCGACCCUCUCACAAGGUCCUUGGUAGGUGAUCUCAAAGAAAUGAUCAAAACCCACAACUUAAACGCU